AUGCCCCCCGACACCCCCCCAGCAGUCCCAGCAGGGCCUCCAGAGCCCUCACCCCUUUCCCCUCCCCCUCUGCGCGCCCCUACACCUCCUCCCACCACGGUGGCCCCAUCCAGGCUGCUUGGCUCCGAACGGAUACGUAACCGCAGCGUGUGGCGUGUUCAGCUGCUGGCGGUGGUGGAGAACGUAAACCAGGCCAAAGCCAAAUACAUCCAUAAUGCCGACGUCGGAAUCCCGGAACAAGACCGUUGUUCCUCAGGUGGAGUGGGCAGCCAAUCAGAGAACGAGAGGGCGUGGUUGCCAUGA